AUGCCUCAACAAGAUUCAGUCGAGAGGAUAAACAUUCAUGACAGUACUGAGAUUAACCAGGUAGCAGAUGCUUUCCGAAAUUCAUUGGAACGUAUCGGAUGCCACAACCCGUUCCCUGAAGCUGUAAGAAUUGCAAACUAUCCUAGUGAAGACUGGCUAUCGGAGGUUCAGAGACGGACCCCGUCGAGCACGGGUAGGCCGUUAGAAGAUGUACUGCGAGAAGCCGACGAGAUCUUCUCAUAUCGCAUCAGCACAAAGCAUCCUCGAUUCUUUGCAUUCAUUCCAUCACCAGUCUCCCCCAUGUCAUGGCUGGGAGACUCGCUCUCUUCCGCACACAAUACCUAUGCAGGAAGCUCAGAGUCAGGAUCCGGCGUCUGCGCCGUGGAAAAAUCUUUGAUCGCCUGGAUUGCUGAACGCUUCGGCUUGCCUUCGUCUGCAGGUGGCCAGUUUGUGUCCGGGGCAUCGAUGGCGACUUUGACUGCAGUUGCCGUUGCCAGAGACCAGCGCUUGGAGGCUGAGCUGCGGCACAGAGCGACCGUGUAUAUAUCGGAUGAGUCACACUUCUGUAUUACGAAGGCGCUUCGCGUCGUCGGCAUACUGGAUUCCCAGAUCCGGACUAUCCGCUGUGAUUCGAAAUACCGCAUGGAUAGCGACCAUCUCCGUCGUGCGAUAUCUGAAGAUCUUGCAGACGGUUUCAGACCAUUCCUUGUUGUUGCAACGUGUGGGACAACGAGCACCGGCGGCAUUGAUCCCCUGAACGAAAUUGCAGACAUAGCAGACGAACAUGGAUUAUGGAUGCACGUCGACGCGGCUUACGGCGGAUCUGUCGCAUUUUCAAGUACCCAUCGACCUCUAGUGGACGGACUUGGUCGUGCGGAUAGCAUCGCCUGGGAUCCCCACAAAUGGCUCUUCCAGACAUACGGCUGUGGUACUAUCCUCUUCCGCGAGAAAUCCCAUCCACUAAAGAGUUUUGCAUCCACAGCUCAUUUCUGCCGCGACUUUGAGGAUGAAAAGGAACCCCAGAAUCCCUGGAAUUAUGGAAUUGAACUGACGAGGCCCGCGCGGCACAUGCGACUUUGGUUCAGUCUGCAGGUACUUGGCAUGGACACGAUUGACAAGAUGAUUGGCCGAGGCUUUGAGUUAUCAGUUCUAGCUGAAGGCGAGAUAAAAAGGCUGGCAGAUUGGGUUAUCUUGGCCCCCACAUCUUUAGCCAUUGUGAACUUUCGGUUUGCCCCACACGGCGUGGAUGAAAAACUUCUCGACCAGAUUAAUACUCACGUUUCGAAAGAAUUGGCCGCUGAGAACAUCGCGUGCAUACUCACCACUCUGCUGGACGGUGUGGUUGGUCUCCGGAUGUGUACUAUCAAUCCGCGAACCACUGAUGACGAUAUACGUCGGGUGGUCAGAGCCCUUGGUAGCAGCGCUCAAGGAGCCUACAGGGAGCUUUUCAAAGCCCGAGAUUGA